UAUCCAUUUGUGCGAAUACACUGAAAUGGGAAAUCUGUGAAUAAAGAUUUUUGGCAGGCCCCGCUCCAGUCACACAUGUACACCCGUCUUCGAUUGCAAUGGUCUUGGACAUAGGUGACACGGUGAUCAUGAAGCGAGCUGCGUGAGGAUCACCGACUGUCAAUCUCUAAGUUAGAGACCACUGGAAGUGUCUCCAGGCAGCGAGGAAGACAUUGGAAAUGGCCGGACUGCUAGCUGGAGAUGCAGCCACGUUGGCUCUGGCAGGGGGUGGGGCUGCAUCCAUGAGUGGAAAGCUAGAAGAACCCGAUCAUUCGAGUUCAAAUUGGUACUUUUCUAGGGAAGAGAUUGAGAAACGCUCUCCUUCGCGGAUGGAUGGAAUCGAUUUGAAGAAGGAGACUUAUUUUCGAAAAUCGUAUUGUACGUUCCUGCAGGAUCUCGGCAUGUGCCUUAAAGUUCCUCAGGUGACCAUAGCAACGGCCAUUGUGUUCUGUCAUCGAUUUUUCCUGCGGCAGUCUCACAUGAAAAAUGACAGACAUAUGAUUGCAACCAUUUGUAUGUUCUUGGCGGGCAAGGUCGAGGAGACUCCUCGGCCUUUGAGGGAUGUCAUUCUUAUGUCCUAUGAAAUAAGACACAAGAAGGACCCCACAGCUGUAGCCAAAAUCAAACAAAAGGAUGUGUAUGAACAGCAAAAAGAGCUCGUACUGGUUGGAGAGCGACUUGUUCUCACUACUUUGGGAUUUGAUCUGAAUAUUCAUCACCCUUACAAGCCACUGGUUGCAGCUAUCAAAAAGUUCAAAGUGGCUCAAAAUGCAUUGGCACAAGUGGCGUGGAAUUUUGUUAACGACGGGCUACGCACAUCGCUAUGCUUGCAGUUUAAGCCUCACCACAUUGCUGCUGGGGCUAUCUUCCUCGCGGCUAAGUUUCUGAAGGUCAAGCUUCCAUCCGAUGGGGAGAAGGUCUGGUGGCAGGAGUUUGAGGUCACUCCGCGGCAGCUGGAAGAAGUGAGCAACCAGAUGCUGGAGUUGUAUGAGCAAAACAAAUCUGGAGGGGCCAAUCCUUCGAGGUCAAGUGACCCCGGCCCAAGUUCUGGGGUUGUGAAUAGAAGUAAAGGUGGAGAGGCUGUGCCAUCUUCCAAUGGACACCAUUGGAAUCAAAAUUCUUCGAACGUCGCUGACAAGGGUGACAAAAGCGCUCAGGCAGGAAAGAACGACGAGGUUGUUCCUUCCAGCAGGAGAGAUGAUGAGUACGAAGUAUCAGCGAGCCAUGCCCCGUCAUCUGGAUACGAGAAACAUGAGAAUGGUCAGCUGGAUAAUGAAUACGAACCAGCGUACGAGAAUGGGUCUGUAACUAUUUCCGUUCAAGAGACGGUAGUGGAAACUUCGCGGACAGUUAAGUCUACUUCUAAUGGUGCUGUGAAGCAUGAAUCUAAGGAGGAGCUUAUCGUCGGGAAUUUGGAGGAAGGUCAGAUUAAAGAGGAAUUGCGAGAGAAGAAGCAGACGACGGAGACGAGGGUUAAGUCUGAAUCAGGUACACUCCUGCGCAAAACUAGAGUGAAAGUCGAAGUGGAGGAUAGGAAGUCUAAUAUAGUAGACGGCCUUGGAGGAAGGGAGGUGACAGAAGCGAAGUCCUCUUUGGAAGAGAGAGAAGUCGAGGAUGUGGUUGAGAGCAAACCAGUUGCUGAAGUCCAAAGUGAUCCAGCGAAGGUUAAACCUGAAGUGGAUGAUGAAGAACCCAAGAAGUCUCGGUUGACCAGUAUUGAGGAUGUAAAUACGGAUAGAGUGAAAGCGCUGAAAAGGCGGAAGUCUCGUGGGGAAGGACUUGAUUCAAGACCUUCUGCCGUCAAAGUGGAGUCGACUGACGAGGAAGCUGAUUGGGAGAGGGAGUUAGAGAGUGGGAUUGAGGCCGAGGCGGAGAAGUUAAGACAAGAGCGUAGAGACAACAAGAGCAAGUCUUCACAGAAAGUGGAACAUGAUACUGCGGAUGGAAAGAAGGAACGGACUGAUGAUGGAGACGCCGGAGCGAAAAGGAGGAGGUCGAACGAAGACGACGGCAUGAGCGAAAGGAAACGUACGAAGUCUACUGAAAGGGGGGAGCGAGGGGAUUGGACGGACGGAGAUGUCGAAAGAAGCAAGGUAGGUGCUGGAGCUCCCGAACGUGUGGAAGAUGGUGAGCUGCCCAGUUCGAGUACUGCCCAUGACCAGUCCCGGUCUUCACCACGUCAGUCGGACAGGAGGUCUCUUCCUCCUUCAGGUUCUCAUGACAAGGCCGGCAGUCCGUCCACAUCGAAAAGGCAUCGGGAUCAUAAUGGUCGUAGGGAUGGGCAUAGGAACGAUCGCGUUGCUCACAGUACGAGGGAGCGCGAUUAUCAUCAGUCCUCUCACCAUCAUCAUCAACACCGUACGGAUGCAGAUAGAGACAGGCAUCAUCACAAAGACCGUGAUUGGCAGGACCGGGAUCACAAGAAAGUCCGACACGCAGACCAUGGUAGUUAACCAUGGUAGCAGAGGACUGAAUAUAAGUGUUUGCUGCUUUUCAGAGUGUUACCAAGCAGACAGCUAACUUUGAAGGGUAGAGAGACCUUCUUUCCUGUAUGGGGUAUGUUAAUCGCACCCCGGGGUAUCUUUUAAAGAUGGAUCGUUGACUAUAUUUUCAGUCUUUGAUUUGUCUGAUGUAGACUAAUCGAGAAGCUAGCAGGUAAUACUUUUCAGACCUUCACUUCUUGAUCGAAAGCAAUGAAUCCUAGCUUAGAUACACGAGUAGCGAUGGUUUUUAGUAGGAUGCAUUCAUUUGAGUCGUCAACGGGAUUCAAGAACCUUUGAUGUUUUGCGUAACCGGCCGUAAAGUCAGUCAGAAAGCAAGUUGCCUUCAUCAGUUAAUACUGGAAGACAGCUUCCUGAGAUUAGAUCUAUAAAUUUUCUUCAUACGUACUGUUCAACUUACACAUGAUCGUUUGUAAUAAAUGUCAGUGUUACGAUCUUCUGAGAUUUCCUCCUGGCUGCGUUUAGGUUUCAACAGGUCCAAGUUCUAUGAUCGACCCUCUAGAGAAUAUUUUUGAAAUAUGAAGCUGGGGCCGUGUUUUUGCAAGACCAAUGCCACCAAAUUGGGAUUUGUCAAGUUCCCGUUGUGAUCGUUAAUGUGGCAAGGACUUUGGCUAUGUCUGUUUGUGUACAUGUCCAACAGACGUUUCCCCAGCUUUCAACGGCUGUGCCAUAUUUUCUCUUCCCAAUAGCUCUCUUUGAAGUCUCACAUUCAAGGACGACAGUAAGUGUCGCAUCGCAGUCAACCUUACGGAGUCCGUUUCCGCUAUGUGACCCCGAGUUAGGAGCGCAUUGUAGUUAAUUUGAUGUGGUUUGCUCUGAAAGUUGUCUCAGAGCAAUAUAGUUGGCAUGUCUCGAACACUCGACGUAGAUUUUUCCAGUUUUCACGCCGAGUGGUGUGUAUAACUACUAUGUUCGAGAUCUACCGAAAGGUCAAGUUGCUCACCCGAGGUAGCCAUUUACUUUAAAUACUAACAUUUAGCAGGGUACCCCGAACAAAGUUUUAAUUCAAAUUAUCCUGCUCUUUAAGGGUCUAAGGAUAUUCAAAGUACACCCUGCCUGCUCACCUGGCGAUAGUGUGUUACUAUUAUAUACGAAUGUCAUUCCCAGGUUCCAGACCUCCUGUAAGGUGGGAAGAAUGUUGAAGGCACCUUCCAGCACCAUGUAUUCCCUAAUAAGCAGGGGAAGUCUGCAAGCUAGCUGCUAGCUCGUGCAAAGGUUGCACGUUAAGUAGCAUUUUCUACUCGUCACCACGCAUCGGAACCGCAGCUGCAAACAGUUGAGUCUGAACAGUUUUGACGGUGACAUCUAGUAGACGCGGGCAGUUAAUAGCCAGGUGCGAUGCCGAUGCAGUCUUCCCGCAGCAUUGUCAAAAAAGAUGGAAAAAAAGGGGACAGAGUGGAAAUGUUUAUCGUAAAAGAUGCGGUGUUGGCAAAAUGUAAUGGCCUUUCCUUACAUCCAGUCUGUUCAGUCCUGUCGGCAGACAACUGGAGGUGAGAAGAACAUACCGUACAGGCCGGCUGCUUCCUGGUAUCUAAAAUUUUCUCUCCAGUUUACAUUACGGUUCUUCACUUUGGGUAUUACUAUUACAUGACUCCUCCUUUUGAGCUUUACAUUCUGUCGGCCACGCUGUCCAUGGUUCACAUGAAACUCUCUACAAUUUGGACAGAAACAAUUCUGUUGAACUUUUGUUGAGAAUAGUAAUGAAACAAUUGUGUCGAACUUUGGUUGCACAUCAGUAUAGAAAGCCAUGUGUGGUGAUGACUGUACUUCUCUCGAGUCUCCAAUUUCAGUGUACUUUCUAGUUGAGAAAAAG